GAUAUUCUUUAUAUUUUUUGAGAUUUGUACACCGAAAAGUUUGGAUUUUGGAAAAAACUUCAUCGAUUUGCCGCUAGGUGAUACCGAAAAUGAUAUUUUGGUAAUGUUGGUUGCAUACGCUCAAAGAAGUUUCCAGACCUUGGUUAUGUAAGGCCGUAAUUGACAUUUGACAGCCAUUGAGUUUCUUCUUUUAUUAGCGUUUAAAAAGAGAAGAAGUUUAUAGGUUAGUGAUUCUUGUCAAAUAAAUCAACAAUUUUUUGGCAAUUAAUUUAGGGGGUUUGCACACGAUUAUAAGCCCGACGGCCCCUUUAGCAUUACCUAGGAUGCACCACGAGGAGGAGAAUUCUGGUAAACUGGAAAGUACAUCUUCCGCAGAUUCCUCUUUAAAUGAUUCGAAGUAUAUGUUGAAUCCCACGAAGUUGUCCAGACCUAUCGAUGGAUCGUUGUACAUCCCCUGUAUAGUAGGCCUAGAUAACAUUAAAGCUAACGAUUACCUUAACGCAGUGCUGCAGGCUUUGACUCUUGUUAAUCCGCUUCGGAAUGACUUCUCGAGGGGAGAAGAAAAUUGCGGUAAUGUAAAGAGACCUUCCAUCUGCUCCUGCAGAGGUUCAGUGAGCUUAUGAGGAAAUUGUGGAAUCCCAGGAACUUCACAGAGGAUGUACGAGUAUCAAGAAAUUCUCUCCAAGCUGUUGUAUCGUGGAGUUAAAAGAGGUUUCAGUUCACUCAGCAGGGAGAUCCGAUAGAUUUUUUUGUCUUUGGUUCCUGAUUGCCCUUGAUUGAGCAUUGGAUGGUAUUAAGAAGAAUGACAGUUCAAUAAUCUACGGAAAUUGAGACAGAAUCGUCCCUUUUUGUAUCUAUCUUGCGAUCUACGGCCUGUGCCAUUUUGUUUAUCGAUGAAUUUCUGAGAGAAUAAUAAAUAUAUCAUUCCUCAGGUGAAUUUGUAUCGACUCUUAACGAAAUUCAAUGGGCAAACCGAGAAGGAAUACAAAACCAUAAAAGGAAAAUUUCAUGAAGUCGAAAUAAGUGUAAGAAUUGAGAUCGACACAUCGAUGAUUUUACUCCUGUAACGUUUUUGUAUAUUAAUAUUUCGUCUCUAUUUUGUUGCAUUUAACGGUAGUGAGUUUAUUGUGUUUUGUUUUAUAUAUAUUUUGAAAUCGCCAAUUCCAACCAGUUUUCAUGUAAUUAGCAAUUAAAAAAU